UUUUGAUUCAAUUGAAGAAAGCAAAUGAGAGAGAGAAAAAUGUCAAUAAAAACUAUCGAUAAUGAAUCAAUAUCGGAUAUCGAUAAUGAAGAUUCGAUUGAAAUUAUUAAUGAUUAUCCACGUUCAUCAAUAAUGGCAAUACAUUCAUAUGAUCGUAUGGAAAUUAUUAAACAAUAUCAACAACGACGUUCAAUGUUUAUUUCCAAUACGGAAAUGUUAACAAUAAUACAAAAUAAUUUAAUACCAAUGAAAUCAUUUACAAAUGAAAUUCGUUCACAACGUGAUAUUGAAAUAUUUUUAAGAAAUCCAUUAAUAUUAUUAAAUAUUUAUGAUUCAAAUGUUGAUAAUAUAAUUGAAAUGAUGAUUAAGAAAAUAGCCGAUACACCAGAAACAUUGUCAGCGGAACAAUAUGAACAAUUUCGUCAAGCAAUCUUCAACGAUAACAAUGGUUAUCAAUUUAAAAAUUUCAUUCAAGGAAUUUAUUAUGGUGAUAAUAAUGAUGGUGGUAAUAAUAAUCAUCAUGAUGGUGUUUUACAUGAUUCAACAUGGUGUUGUGUAUUUGCAUCAAUUGAAUCAUCAACAUCAUCAUCAACAUCAUUGUUGUCGACACGUAAAAUUCUCAUUACAAGAUUAUUAAGGCCAACAAAUUUUGGUCCAACAUUAAAUUCAUUACGUUUAAUAGUGAUGAUUGUUGUUCCAUCGCCACAAAAAUCAACAAAAAAUGCAUUCGAAAUUGCACGAACAUUUGCAACAUUAUUAUCGGAUGCACGUUUACGUAAUGAUUUACUACAUACAAAUGAUGAACAAUUAUUUACCGCAAUUAUUGAUGAUCAUCUUCAAAAACUUAAAUCAUUAGAUCAAGAUAUUAUGGAAAUUGAUAAAAAUUUCAAAGAUAUCGAUGAUGAUAGUGAUAAUGGUGAGGAUAAUAGAUUAGCAAAACAUUUUCAAUGUUCAUUUGGUCGUGGUAUACGUGAAAAUUUUCAACGUCGAAUCCGUUAUUAUCUAAGUGAUUAUAGUGAUGGUUUAGAUAGUUGGCGAACAUUGGCUAAAGUUUUAUCAUCAACAAUGUCAUUAUUUUUUGCUUGCAUUCUACCUUGUGUUGCAUUCGGUGUAUUGAAUCAACAUAAUACCGAUGGGAAAAUUGGUCCAAAAGAAGCAUUACUUGGUCAGGCUAUUGGUGGUUUGAUUUUUGCAUUAAUUUCUGGUCAACCAUUAGUUAUUAUUGCAACAACAGCACCAUUAUGUCUAUAUACAUCAAUUGUCAAUAGUAUUGCACAGAAUUUAUCGGUUGAUUUUUUCGAUUUAUUCGCUUUGGUCGGUAUUUGGAAUUCAUUUUUCCUGAUAAUAUAUUCAAUAUUUGAUUUAUCACAAUUAAUGCAUUAUUGUACACGAUCAACUGAAGAAAUAUUUGCAACAUUUAUAUUUUUUGCAUUUACAAUCGAUUCAAUUCGUGAAUGUUUGGAUAGUUUUCAACAAAAUUAUUAUUCUUGUUCGUUUAAUGAAUCGAAUUCGAUGAUCAAUCGAACAAUUAAUUCGACCAUAACUAUCGAUACUAUCGAUACUAAUUGUGCACCUGAAAAAAGUAUUCUUUUUUUAUUCUUAAUGUUUGGAACAUUUAUAUUAGGAUUGAUGCUUUAUAAUUUUAGUACAACUCCAUAUUUGACUCAAUUUUUACGCGUAACAUUAGCCGAUUAUUCCUUACCAAUAUCGGUUAUUAUAUUUGCUUUAAUCGGUUCCUUGGUAUUCAAACGUAUCGAACCAGAUUCAUUUGAAGUUUCCAAUGAUUAUGUUUGGCAUUUAGUUCGAUUUAAAUCAUUAACUAUAGAAUCAAUAGCAUUAUCAUUUAUACUUGGUUUUGCAUUAUCAAUGUUAUUUUUUAUUGAUCAAAAUGUAUCGGCAGCAUUAGUUUCAUCACCAUCAAAUCAUUUGAAAAAAGGUGAUGCAUAUCAUUGGGAUUUAUUAAUUGUUGCCAUUAUUAAUCUUGGUCUAUCAUUAAUCGGUUAUCCAUGGAUGCAUGGUAUAUUACCACAUUCACCAAUGCAUGCAAGAAGUUUAGCUGAUGUUAUUACCGUUGGAUCAUCAUCAUCAGCAUCUGCAUCAUAUUCAGGUGAUACAUCCAACGUUAAUCGACAAAUUGUUAUUAAAAGUCGUGAAACACGUAUCACUGGUAUUAUGAUACAUAUAUUGAUUGCAAUUGUUAUUAUAUUUAUACCAUGGAUUUUAUCAUACAUACCUGUUGCCGUAUUAUGUGGUCUAUUUCUUUAUUGUGCUGCAUCAACAUUACAUGAAAAUUCAUUAUAUGAACGUAUUUUAUUGUUUUUUACUGAACAGACUUCCUAUCCGCCAACACAUUAUCUACGAAAAUGUCCACAACGUAUUGUACAUUUAUUUACAAUAAUUCAAUUGUUUCAAUUGAUUUUAAUAUGUUUUUUUGGUUUUUCAUCAUGGGAAUAUAUACAGCUUAUAUUUCCAUUGAUUAUUGCAUUAUUGAUUCCCAUUAGAUGGCUAAUUCUACCAAUAUUUAUUGAAAAACAUUAUCUGGCCAUAAUUGAUAAUAAACAUUGUUCGAUAUGAAUUUUGGAAAUGGUGAUGGAAGGAAAAUGGAUUAAAUUUUUCAAAAAUACAUUUUGUAAAUUAAAUAUAAUCAAGAUUUUA